ACCUAACAACCCCCCCCAAAAAAAAAAAAAAAAAGCACAAAGCGUCGUCAAUAUUUAACCAGGCGGUUCAGACAUUAACUUAGGAGAUCACCGUCCAAAUAUAUCGACAAGAACAAGUGCAGCAUUAGUAGUAACAAGGAGUACCGAAGCAGCUGGUGUCAUGUUGAGUUACGGGGCCCGGAGAAUCUCGUCACGCUUGCUAACAACUGUGCGUCUCGGUCGCGGAGGAUCCGGGCCGCGCGGGGCCCGCUGCCUUAGCUCGGCCGGCGUACGGCUUGACCUCAGCGGCGUGUACCCUCCCAUUGUGACCCCAUUCAACGAGCGGGAGGACGUGGACUACGACAAACUGGAGCACAACUUGCACAAGUACGCAAAGAUUCCCUUUAAAGGACUGGUGGUGCAGGGCUCCAAUGGCGAGUACCCUUACCUGACGGAGGAGGAGCGCGUGGAGGUGGUGAAGAGGGUCCGACGCUUGAUGCCCGCUAACAAGCUGCUCAUCGCCGGAUCCGGCUGCGAGUCCACUCGAGCCACGAUGGAACUGACGGCCAAGAUGUCAGCGGCCGGCGCUGACGCCGUCCUGGUUGUGACGCCGUGCUUCUACAAAGGCAAGAUGGACUCUCAGGCCCUGCUCCAGCACUUCAUUAAGGUGGCGGACAAUAGCGCGGUUCCGGUGAUCCUAUACAGCGUCGCGGCCAACACGGGCCUGGAGCUGCCGCUGGACGCAGUUGUGCGUCUGUCCGAACAUCCAAACAUCGCAGGACUCAAGGACAGCGACGGAGACAUCACCAGGAUCGGCCUAAUGGUCCACAAAACCAAAGAUCAGGACUUCCAGGUUUUGGCAGGCUCAGCUGGUUUCCUCAUGGCCGCCUACUGUGUUGGUGCAGUGGGCGGAGUCUGCGCACUGGCUAACGUUCUGGGUGAGUCGCUGUGCGACCUGGAGCAUUUGUGCAAGUCGGGCCACUGGGACCAAGCCCGAGAGCUGCAGCAGCGACUCAUUGAACCGAACGCCGCUGUAACCAGGAAGCUGGGUGUGCCAGCCCUCAAGCAGGCCAUGGAUUGGUUUGGCUUCCACGGUGGCGUCUGCCGUUCGCCUCUCCGGCCACUCGACCAUGAACAGAUGCAACAACUCCGACGAGACUUCGCCUCUAAUGGAUGGCUCUGAAUGGAAAUGUUUGUGUUCAUUGAAUUAAAAAAAAGCGCAUCAAUAAACCCACGUUACUCCAAAAUGUUUGUGAAUGGCAACAUU